UCAGAUGAGUUAUAUUACUGCCGGGUUAGGGACUGACAAGCUGUAUGUAACGUCUUUAUACUUUUAAAACUAUGGUAGCGUUUCAGGUUAAAACAGCAUUACUGUUGGUCCAGUUUGCCGUUGUAGUAUGUAUACCAGUACCAGGUCCUCCAACCGAAGUAGUUGUGAGUCCCCGAACCUCCAGUGUAACGCUGACAGUAACACUGCCAACCAACUGUCCUGGCUGUGAGUCUGUCAUAGUGAAUUACUCACCUACUGGAGAUACAGCCAUGACAACAACAUCAACUCAACAAUGUGACCAGCAACCUUGUAAUAUUCCUACAGAAGACCUAACGGCGGGUACCUGUUACAGCUUCACAGUCUAUACUCGGGGAUCUAAUGGGAACAGUACAACGGGUAUACACACAACAGGCUGUACACAACCAAAUCCCCCUGGUUAUGUUUCCGUUAAUGCCCAACCAACUUAUGCUGUCACACUGGACACCACGUCACCAGCAACAGGAGGAGUCGAUUACUAUAAUGUCACGUUUACCGAUUCGGACGGCAAGACGGAGACACGACGUACACCAACCAACGACACGUUAUAUAUAGUAGAUGGACUCACACCUGGAUACAUCUAUACCUUCAAAGUGGUAUCUGUGUAUAACAGCCUGGCCAGUAUACCGUACCAAAGUGUACCAGCCUCUACAGUUCCCAGUAGUACGACUGACGUCACGGUAUCUGACAGGACCACAACCACUGUGGCCUUGGCUGUGACCCCCGGUCCAGGGGGCUAUGACGGGUAUCGUGUCCAGAUUGUCGGUGGUGGUAUCCAACGUAACGACACCUUCUCACACAACACAACAGGUGAUCGUCUAGUGGUCAGUGGUCUUACUCCAGGAACGACCUUCACCUUCACCGUCUUUACUCUGGCCAAUGGAUUGGAGAGCGAACAUUUCCACAGAACUCAGGAUUCAACAAUUCCCAGCAGUCCGAGUGACGUCACGGUAACUGACAGGACGACGACCAGUGUGACCCUGACUGUGGCCCCCGGUCCAGGGGGUUAUGACGGGUACCGUGUCCAGAAGGUCGGUGGUGGUAUCAAUCGCUCCGACACAUUUCCACACCACACAUCGACUGGUCCUCUACUGGUCAGUGGUCUUACUCCAGGAACGACUUUCACCUUCACCGUCUUUACUCAGGCCAAUGGAUGGGAGAGUGAACAUUUCUAUAGAACUCAGGAUUCAACAAGUGACAAAGUAAAACGCUCAACAGUUAACCAAGCCGCGAACGAAACAACAGAGGGGCCUUCUGCCCCUGAUAAGGUAGAAAUUUCAAGCCAGACAAACGUGUCUGUGACGUUGACCGUUACCCUGAAUGGCAGCGGAUAUGACGGAUUCCUAGCCCAGUACAACAGCCUAAACCACUCCUGUCGGAACAUUACGGAUCUGACCAGUAUACCCUACCAAGUUGUUCCAGCCUCUACAGGUUGGUUACACGUGUAUCAGGAUCUUACCAGUAUACCGUACAGAGGUGUUCCAGCUUCAACAGGUAAGUUACACGUGUAUCAGGAUCUGACCAGUAUACCGUACCAAGGUGUUCCAGCUUCUACAGUGCCUGAUGUCCCAAAAAUAGCCAGGUACUCUACCACAAACGACUCGAUAAUAGUCACACUUAACUCCUCUUCUCCCGGUAAAGUUGAUAACUACACCGCCAGCGAGGACUGCGUCAGUAGCGGGAACAGCAUCAGUCCCGCUGUCACAGUAAGCGGACAAACCGUGACGAUAGUCGGUCUCAGUCCCGGUACCACCUGUAAUCUCAAAGUAAUCGCUGUCUUUGAUGGACACAACAGUUCUGCCGCCGUAUUCUCAGGACUCAGCAUUGUUGAUUCACCUCCCGGUCGGGUCGGAGAUCUAGCCGCCCAAACAUUGUCCGCCACAGCUAUUAGUUUGACGUGGAAAGAACCUACAGAGUCAAAUGGUGACAUCAUACAAUACAGUGUAUACGUCACAGAUCCCGCGGGAACUUGUGUACAACAUGUACAACUUCUGUUGACGGUGGACAGUACAGCUUCAAAGGACAAUGAAACGUGUAAUGCAACCAGGAAAGGCACUUUCAUCAGAGAUCAGUCGGAUUUCAAUGAGACUAUCAACGACCUGCUGGCCUAUACACGCUACACGUUCAGAGUGUACGCCUACACAGUCACCGGUAGCGGGUUUGAAUCGUCCCAGACAGCCACCACCAAUGAAUCAAAACCUCACAAAAUUACUGACUUAAAAAAACACAGGAUUACCUCGUCAACAGUUACAAUAUCCUUCAAGGAACAGGAACCAAGUACUGGCCCAAUAACGACGUAUGAAGUACAGUAUGUUUACACGGAACGUGUGUGUAACAAAUGGUUGAGUACAGAUGUAAACUUAACACACAACACCACCUGUACCCCCUCAAGUGGCCGGACUGUCUGCUCUAUAGAGAAUCUCUACCCCUACUGGGACUACAGCAUACGUGUAAGGGCAUACACUAGUAAAGGAUCCGGUAACUGGAGUGAUCCCUUACCACAAAGAACAGAACAGGACAAGCCGAGUUCUAUUGAUCCGAACAGUAUCAAGCCUACAGUGAUCACAGCUUACAGUGCAACUUUGGAGUGGUCUGCCCCUUGUCCCCCCAACGGCGUCAUCAGUAACUACGUGAUACUAUGGAACAUGUCCUCACAUAUCAACACCACUGAUAAUUCCUCGUCAUACUUAGUGUCUGGUCUACUGCCAUACAGGACUUAUACAUACCAGAUUGCUGCUGAGACUGGGGCGGGUAUAGGAAAUUACUCCACCGGACAGAGCUUCACGACAUUAACGGAUGUGCCGCAUCAACCAGGUGAAGUUACGGUAAAUGAAAAGAAAGCUACCAGUAUUUCUGUGACAUGGGGAGAACCGGAUUUGAAAACAGGCCCAACCUACUACGUCGCUACUGCUCUAGAUAACUGCAGGCAGGCAAAUACGUCAUCCUGUUAUACAAAUAGUUUUGACGAAACCACAUGUAUGAUACAAAACGUUGAUGAGUACUGGAAUUACACCAUUGUCGUCACGGCGACAACAGUGAACGGAUCAAUCAACUCCAGCACAACGGUCAUCAGAACUGCAGAGGCAGCUCCUGGACCAGUGACAGAUGUCAAGGUGACAGUUCAGGCCGACGUCACCAAGGCCCGAACAGUAACAAUUACAUGUGGCCUACCUAAAGAGAGGGACCUAAACGGUGUCAUUACCAAUUACACAUUGGAAUGGGGAUAUUCUUCGACUCGGAACCGCAACACAAGCAAACAUUGUUCCUGGGAUGUUUCUGUGAAGCCGCAAAAGAACUACACCUUUAAUGUCUCCGCAUCAACGAGUGUCGGGAAAGGUUCAUCAUUACAAUACAAACGGGAAAUUCCAGCCGGAGGUGAACAUGUCUGUAAAUCAUAUGUCAGUGAGGCGCAACCUAGCAGAGGAUCAGCAGCAGUACCAGUCUUAGGAACUUUGCUGGCAUUAUCAAUCAUUGCAAAUUUGAUGACUGUUAUAUACUUGAUAAGGUACCGACGGUCAAAACCUCAGGGGAAAGCAGAUGUUGACAAUGGCUUUGAAGUACCUGAAUCGGUGUAUGACCAGUUAGACUCUGCUUCAAGACAGUCUGCAAACAUAUAUGAUACGACAUCACCUAUGUAGUGUUAUACUGCAUCAGUUGCAGAAGUUUGUUUGGUAUAAGUCUUGUUUUUAAGAAUAGCGUAUUCGAGGAUAUAUUGAUAGUUACAUUCUAAACUAACUCAAUUUACAACAGGAAUAAGGCAUUGUUCACAGUUUAAUCGUAAUAUUAAUAUCUCAUGUAGCGCCAAAAUAGUACAGCUUUGUUAUACUUUGCCUUUUGAAAUUUGAGUUAAUCACGACGCUUUUUCUGGUACAAAAUGUAUAGUUUUUAAAUAUAUAUUAUGUGAUACGAUUUGCUUGUAUAAAAUUCCUUUUUUUUCAUGUGUAUCAUCAUUUUAAUAGGCUUUAUCAUUUAUGAACCUAAUUGAUUUCGUGCUAUAUACGUAUUUUGCUGUUCUGUUUAAACACACAAGUGUAUUCAUUAAUUACAUAUAUAUUUUCAUUCAGUCAAAAACAAAUGUUGAGGUUUGUAAUCAUCUGACACCCGGUAUAUUGAUUGCACAAAUUGAUGUUGCGUUGAAUAUUUUUUGUAAAAUAAUAACGUAAAUUGUAUUUAUUGUACAUGUACCAUUGUCCAUCAU